AUGUGGGAGCGGGACUUGACCAGUAGCUCGUGGCGCGUGGAUUAUGACCAGAUUAAGUUCCGCCAUCAAAUCGCCAACAGCGCCAAGCUUAGCGGCUUUUCUCUGAAAGAUAGUGACACGACCUCUAUGGUGCCAGAAGCCAGCCAGAAUUUCACUCUCGUCGGCUCCUACAAGGUGCGUGGCUUACGUCACGAAAACCUGGCCCAGUUCAUCGGCGCGUGCACGGAGCCUGGUAAGGUGUGCCUGCUGUAUGAGUACUGUAAGAAGGGCAGUCUGCAGGACGUGCUACUCACGGACACCCUCAAGCUGGACUGGGCCUUCAAGGUCGCUCUUCUGAGGGAUAUUCUGAAGGGCAUGAUCUACAUCCACCAGUCAGACCUAGGACACCACGGCCAUCUCACGUCCGCUAACUGUGUGGUGGACGGCAAGUUCAACGUGAAAAUCACGGACUUUGGACUGCCCAGCUUCCGGAAACCAGAUCAGUGCGACUUGUAUUCAGAGGAAAAAACGUUCUCUGAUAUUCAGAAAUUAUUGUGGGUGGCACCUGAGCACCUAGGUAUUGGCGAGAUUGUCGGAGGAUCCAAAAAAGGAGAUGUUUACAGUUUCGCUAUCAUCAUGGAGGAGACGGUGACUCGCUCGGUGCCCUAUGACUCACAUCGCGCUUUCGUGGAAGUCGAGGAGAUCAUACAGAGAGUGUACAGACGCGAAACCCCGCCCUUCCGCCCAGAGACAGGCGACUGGGACGUCCCCCAAGCCUACAUCAUGCUGGCAGAGCGCUGCUGGGCCGAGCCCGCGGAGAGCAGGCCAAGCUUUGAGAACGUGCUGAAGACGAUCAACACACUCAGCGGGUGA